AGAAAACCACCUACCAGGAAGAGGUGUUUGCCACUUUUUCACGUAUAAUAUCUGACAUAAUUAGAAUACAUUUGACUCAUAAGAUAAAAAAUAUUUUUCAGACAGAGAUAUAAUAAUAUUUCAGAUAAAACGCAAACACCUACCCCCUACUCCCUCACACACACACACACACACACACAACCCAGUGUGACGGCUCCAUAUUGUAACUGCGUCAUUGCGCUCUGCACCCUCUCUCUGAACGCAGCUGAGCUUGAAGCACCGUCGGUUGCUUGUUAUUGACUCUUUUCUCCUGGACUCGCUGCACAUUCGGGACGUAAAGCGGCUCUGAGCUCUCGUCAUGGCCGCGGUGGAGCAGAGUGACUUGUCUCUCAUGAGUCUGGAGGAUGAGCUGACCUGCAGCAUCUGCCUCAGCCCCUUUGACUGUCCGGUGACCAUCCCCUGCGGACACAACUUCUGCCAGGGCUGCCUGCUCACCACCUGGACGGAGCCCUACAGAUGUCCCCAGUGUCGGACCCUCUUCCACACCAAACCCGAGCUGAAGAAAAACACGGUCCUCAGCACCGUGGUGGAGGCCUUAAACCUGAGGUUGGUCCGGAGCGCGUCGAGCCUGUCAGCAGAGGAGAAAGAGACCAAGGAAGAGACCAUGGAAGAGAUCAAGGAAGAUGCUGUCAUACGCUGUGACACCUGUAUGGAAGCAGAGGCGGCCAACACCUGCCUCACCUGCAUGGUCUCUUUCUGCGAGGAGCACCUGCGUCCUCACCGGGAGAACCCGGUGUUCCGUCUCCACCAGCUGAUCGAGCCAGUUGGGGACCUGUUGGAGCGCUUGUGCCCGGACCACCACAAGCUGAUGGAUCUCUUCUGCAGCCAGCAUGUCCGCCCCAUCUGCAGCCUCUGUCUCCAGCAAGACCACAAAGGCUGCUCCUUCACUUCUCCUGAGGAGCAGAGGAAGCUCAAAGAGUCGGAACUGAAGGACAAGUUGGACGUUCUUAAUGCAAAGAUUGUGCAUAAUGAGACCAUUAUGUAUAAGAUGAGGGACAUGGAGGAUAUGUUGAAGGCCUCAGCCACCAUCAAGAAGAAAGCUUUGGUAGCCGAGUAUCAAGAGAUGCACGACAUGUUGACUCAGGAGGAGAGCGCUGCUCUGAAUGCAGUGGAUCGAGAGGUGGAGACUGGUGAAACCAAAUUGAACCUUCUCAAGAAGAAGUUCGCUGAGAACAUCGACCACAUGACUGGGGCUAAAGAAUAUAUCAACAAUCAGCUCAGUCAGUCGCAAUCACUGGCCUUCUUGCAGGUGUCAUUUACCCUGCCUGCAGCUGUGAACUUUGACCCUUACACCCCUCGAAUCAACCUGGACUCCAAGAAGGUGAUGGCCAAUGAGACCUUUGCUCUUACCUUGAAGGACCACCUGACCGAGCUGUUUAAACAGCCUGUUGAGUCCAGACUGCCACUGGCUAAAUCAGGUACAACAGCAGCUUCUGCCUCAGGGAUUUCAUCUAUUCCCUGGGAAACUUCCUUCUGGAAACCUCAUCUUUCCGAGCCCCUAGGAAAUCCAGAAUAUCCCUUGUGCCCAAGUCCAGAUCCAGGUCCACAGUCUAAAGCAAGCCUAAAGAAGAAGCCUUCAAAACAAACCAAAAAACCUCAACCCACUGAAAAGCUGGUGGGAUAUAAUCCUUUCGCAGAGUUUGGUGGGAAAGACCCAGGUCGUCCUCCUGUUUUCCAACCCAAUCAGAAAACAGAACCUUCAGACAUUCCUGCAAACGUUGCAUGUGCAGAAAAAAGAAGUGACCUGCUGAAAUUUGCUUCAGGACUAAUGCUGGACCGCAAGACUGCCCACAAACGCAUCCUGGUGACUGAGGAGUGUACUAAGGCCUCUGUGACAGAUGAGCAAGCAAACUACCCCAACUGCCCUCAACGUUUUGUCGUCUGCUCCCAAGUGCUCACCUCAAAGGGUUUCUCGAGCGGGCGCCACUACUGGGAAGUCCGACUGAGCUGCAACAACUUUAUCGGCAUUGGUUUGGCUUACAGCAGCAUUGACCGUAAAGGUUCCACCAGUCGCCUGGGCCGCAACGCCCAGUCCUGGUGUGUCGAAUGGUUUAACGUCAAGCUAUCCGCUUGGCAUAACAGCCAUGAAACCGUGCUGUGCAAUCCCAAUCCGAAGCGCGUAGGUGUGCUGUUAGAUUACGAGGGGGGCAGGGCUACAUUCUACAACGUGGCAGACAGGGCAUAUCCCUUCCACACGUUUGAGUUUCCUUUUGCUGAAGCAGUGUAUCCAGCUUUCUGGAUGUUCUCCAGUGGUUCCUCCAUUACUUUGUGCAAGGUGUAAGGAUGUGGAGCAUAUUGUCAUAAUUACACACACACAAUCAGCCCCUUGAUGUCAUUACUGAAAUUAAUAUCACAAUAAUUACAGUAAACAAUUUGUCUCUAAAUGCAUGUUAAAGAAAAUUGACAAUUAACAAAUGUAAGAGGCCGACAAGCUUCAACAAGCUCCAAAAUUAAAAGUAGAACCAUUGAGACAUUUUAUUCUUUAUGUGAUAGUGAGUUUACAGGAUGAUUAGCCUCACUCAUACCACUCACUACACACUGUGGUUAGCUCUGCAUUCAACAAGGAAAUACAGGAAUAUAUGGUUGUGGUUACUCCAGUAGAUUAUAGAACUUGGGAGUGUCACAACUGAAAUGGAUGUGUGGAGUCAAUAGCAUGCCAUAGCUGAAGUCAUUAGCUGUUACCUUGCCCUACAGCCGCUGAAGUUGUCGUUCUAAACUGGUAGAGCCAUUCUUUUUCGGUUUAAGAAACAUCAGAUUGGAUCAGUAUAACUUGCAUGUCCUGCGUCCAAUGUGACUAAUGCACUUAAGUGUUUCUUAACACUUUAACAGAACACACACAACUUCCUGUGCACUUGCUGUACAGCGUGUUUGUGCUUGUGUUAACCCUUUCGACAAAUUUUUAUACACUGUAGAUUGGUGAUGAAUAAAGAAGUGAAUUCAUCACACAUGUCAGUCCAGUGUUAUGAAAUUAAGUCUGAAGGUGAAAGGAUAGAUAGUUUUGGACUGAGGCAGUUUAAGUUAUAGGUCUGGGUCAUGCAGCAAAAGAUUUUGUGACACUAACUUUUUUUCCUAUCAGUCGAUAUUGAGUCAUUUCUAGCGAUCGUAAGAAUUCAGUUAUUGAAAAUGACAUCUUUGUGGACUGAAAAGAUAAAGACUACAACUUGUCAGUACAAAUUCUUAUAAAUGUGUACAGAACUUGGAGUGUCACAGCUUGCUCUAAAAGAACACUCAUGUAUUCCAUGUAUUCAACUGAAAGCUGAACAUCAUGAGUGUUAAACUCUAUGGUUGAGCAUGUCUUAUAUAGGUCUGCCAUGUGACUGGAUAGAAAAAGCUGUUUCUGUGAUGCAAUCCGAUAUACCCAAGCCAUCUACAGACAGCAUAUUGAGGUGGUUGAUUUUCAUAUAAUUUUAUUUUUUCAUCAUAGCCGUUUAGUUAAAGUUAAGAUGUGUUGUGGAUAUAUUGUAUCACCUGGCUCUAUCUGCCCACGUCUUCAACUCUCUGACUUGUUUGGUUGGCGAGACCAGAAGUCACAUAGACUUUGGUUUUUACAUUCUGACAGUGUCUGUCUCAUCUGUGGUCUUCAGUUGUUUUAAUGUCAGAUUCCCUUCAGAGAGAGAGAGAGAGAGAGAGAGAGAGAUCAUCAGCAAGGGUCCUUGUUUGGAUUUAAACUUUGGAUGUGGUUUUCUCCGUUGAAAUUAAAUGCUAUACUGUUCUGUGGUAAGCACAUCAUCAGCCAUACUACGAUGUUGUUGUUGUUUGAAAGCACCUCAACUCUGUUAAGGAUACAUCUGGCUUCCACACUGCUCUAGUGUUUAAACAGCCUAAGCAGAAGUUUGGAAACGCUGCCGGCCUGUUUUAGUCUGAAAACUCCAGGAUGGCGUUUUAGUCAGGAUGGGUUAAAUGGAGAAUCUCUUAACCGCUUGCUGAUCAGGGCUUUCAGUCAAGAUGGAGCCUUCACUGAUGUGUCAGGCUCCUAUAACACUGGUGACAUUUAGUGGCUUGUUGCCUGUUGUGGCACCAAAGUGUUUGGCCAGUAUGCCUACGGAUCACCUAAAAUCAAAGCUUGUUCGUCCUGUUGAUGCUAAAUGGUGUGAAAUCAAAAAUUGGCAUCAGCAGUAGACUUCUACAUACACAUCAUUACUGCAGCACAUGAGCAGUGAGGUUUGAACAUGGUUCAGGCUAAGUACUAACUUCUCUGCACUAAAUAGGUGCUGAAGACUGCAUGGUCUGAUUGAACUGAUAAGUGAGCCAGGUUCAGAUAUGAUGGCCACUGUUGUGAAUCAGUCAGUUCACUGUUGGUCAAUUGAAAAGAUCUGUGAGGCAUUGUGCCAGUGCACUUCAGGUAUGGACCUUUAUUUAUUGGAUCACCUGCCGACAUUAAAGGCUCCAUGCCUCACUGCACUGUUUGCUGUUGCAGUUCUUCACAAUGGUACAGAUGGCUUUGACAACUUAUGGAGAGCUUUACCACAGCUUUACUCAACUCCUCAUAUUGUGUUGACACUUAGGACCAAGCUAAAAUAAUAUGCAUUGCAUGGGUGUCAGGGAUCAGGGGAAUCAAGGGUCUUAUGUUUGUUUGUUUGCAACAUGUGUCCCAGUGUAUUGGAUUUAACUUUAGACAGCAUACAGUUUGAGUGGACACUGAAUCAGCCUGUCUGUAAUCCUUGUAUGUUUAAUUUCCCUGUGCUCGCUGUCUGUGAAACGGGUAAAAUGUUAAGGUCAGGUUCAUGAACCACAGUCAUAUCUGUGGUGAUUUGAUUCAGUGGACCCAACAGGGGGUUUAUAUGACAGUCUUAAAAUGCAAAAAAUUAAUUGUACCACAUUUACUUUAAUUAACAUUUUUGUUACAUGGUCUUUCUCUGUAAUAAAGUGAUUGAAGAAGCAGACGUGCAUUUUAGGAUAUAUGUUUUGCUCCUUUCUUAUCUACAGAUGACAUCAAUAUUCAGUAAUAUAAAUAAACGAUUCACAGAAAUGA